AUGAAAUACGAUUUUAUUUUAAGCGCCUUAGCUAGUGUUGCUUUGGCACAAGCAUUUACGGUCACGGUUAAUGACAGACCACUUGUAAUUAGAGGUCUGGUAGUCCAUAUUGGUUUUCCACAAGAAGAAGCUGCUGAAUUUGAAUUAGAAGGUGAAGCUUUACAACUCCCUGAUGGUACAACAGUUGGGACAACUGAAGAUGACGGGUUUGUAAGAACCUUGGGUGAUGUUUCUGACAUUGGUGCUUGGUCUAUUGAAGGGAAUAUUUUGACGUAUAACAUUCAAUUAUAUUCCUGUCUUGAUGCGAUUUUAACUACAACUUUUGAUCCAGAGGAAUGCAAAGAAGCUGUAUUGGUUGUAGCAGGGGAAGAAGACCCAGAAGACCCAGAAGACCCAGAAGAUCCAGAAGACCCAGAAGACCCAGAAGAUCCAGAAGACCCAGAAGACCCAGAAGAUCCAGAAGAUCCAGAAGAUCCAGAACCUACUGAAGAACCAGAAGAACCAGAACCUACUGAUGAACCAGAAGAACCAGAACCUACUGAUGAACCAGAAGAACCAGAACCUACUGAUGAACCAGAACCCACCGAUGAACCAGAACCCACCCAUGAACCAGAACCAGAGCUCACCACUGUAACUAGCACUAUAAUCGUCACAGUCACUGACUGCGAUGAAGAGGAGAUCUGUACCAGUCACACUACAGAGUUCGUUACUGUCUACACCACAGUUUGUGAAGAGGAGCCUGAACCUACUCCAUGCCCACCUGAAGAAUGUCCUGAGCCAAAACCAAAACCAGAACCAAAACCAGAACCAAAACCAGAACCAGAACCAGUUUGUCCACCAGGAAAAUGUCCAGAACCUGCUCCUGAACCUGCUCCCGAACCUGCUCCUGUACCACAACCAGAAGAAUUAAUCGGUGCUGGUUCAAUUAACAUCUUAAAUGGAGUUGUUGUUUCCGCCGGUGUUUUGAUUCCAGCCAUUCUUUUCUUAUAG